AUGAGCACACCAUUCAAAUUACUAGCCCUCGGGCUUGGAACAAUCGUGCAAGUCAGUGCUGAGCCUCUAGAGCCAACAAGUACAUCUGCUGUUCCAGACUAUUUCCAGACCAGCUUUGGCCCAUAUGCCGGCCCAACACAGGUCGGAGGUGCACCAUUCCUUGCUCAGAUAAACCCAGCUCCUUUUGGAAAUCAUUCAUAUGUGCCGAACACUCCCAUUGUUACUGAUGUCCCCAUUAUCGGACAGGCAGAUGGUGCCGAGAUAUUCGAACAUAUGGGCAACCUCUCACCUUACAUGCCAAAUCCAUCGGGCUUCGGAGCUGAAGAAUACCCCUUACCUCCAGGAUCCAACAUCACUCAGAUGCAUAUGAUUCAUCGUCAUGGAUCUCGAUACCCAACCUUCGGCGAUCCAGUUCCCGUGGUCGAUUUCCAUACCCGUAUAUCCGAGCUAUUAGGCAACGGAACCCGCUUUACUGGGAAUCUCUCAUUCCUCAACGACUGGAAGUACGAGCUAGGAACAGAGGAGCUGACCGCUCUUGGCCGCCAACAGCUGUUUGACAGCGGCGUACUUCAUUGGUUCAACUAUGGUCGCCUUUACGAUUCAUCUGCACCACUUGUUGCCCGUACAACAACCGAAGCGCGCAUGCUGCAGUCAGCCGAGAAUUUCCUCAACGGGUUCUUUGGGCCCAACUGGACCAAGAAUGUUACCUUGGAAGUUAUGAUCGAAAGCUCUGGCUUCAACAAUUCCUUGGCAGGAAAUGAGGCUUGCAAUAAUAGUCACACUGAUCGUGGGUAUGUUGGUGAUGAAGCAAGUACGCAAUGGCAAAACAAAUAUUUCCAAAAGACGACAGAGCGAUUCCGUCAGUCUAUGACUGGGAACGCUAAUUGGACAAUCGAGGAUACUUAUAUCGCCCAGACUAUGUGUCCGUACGAGACUGUUGGUUUGGGCUAUAGUCCGUUCUGCUCACUAUUUACCUGGGAUGAAUGGCUGGGCUUUGAAUAUAGCCUUGACGUGAAUUAUUAUGGAAGCUUUGGCUUUGGAUCACCAGUGGGCCGGGCAUUAGGUAUUGGUUACGUCGAAGAACUAGUGGCUCGACUGCUUCAACAUUACCCUCAACCCGAUGGUGAUUCCAUUGCAGUGAAUGAAACUUUGGAUGACAACACUAGAACAUUUCCUCUGGAUCAGACGCUGUAUCUGGAUUUCAGUCAUGAUACCAAUAUUGUGGCGAUUUUGACAGCACUUGGCCUCACGCAGUUUGCUGAGUUCCUACCUCUGUCUGGUCCCCCGCCAAAUCAUCAAUUAAUUACUAGCCACCUUGUUCCAUUUGCGGGCCGUUUCAAUAUCGAAGUCAUUAAAACCCCUCUACCUGUCCUGUCAAAACGAUCAGAGCAGCCUGGUGACGCGGUUUAUGAGUCCACAGGAGGUGAGACAAUCUACGUGCAUAUGUUGAUGAAUCAGAGGACCAUUCCUCUUGGACGCAGCAUCUCACAAUGUGGACAGCGGGACGAUGGGUGGUGUGAGCUGAAGACUUUUAUCAAGGCUCAGAAAGAGAACAUUGCCAAAGCAAAUUACGAGGAGAGUUGUUUCGGUGACUAUCCAGUCCCGGCAUAUGGAAAUAUCACCACAGGUGCAAUCUAA